AUGGCAUCAUCUAAUAUAUUAAUGGUGCCUUCUGUUUCUUCAAUGUCAAUUAAGAAUGAUAAUUUGAAAACAUAUUUUCCUCUGUGGAUUAAUAGUUUGCUUAGUGCGAAUGAAAAUCGUAACACUCAACGAAAGCUUCGCUUGGCUAUUGAUCGUAUAAGGAUGUUUGAAAAUUCCAUUGAAUGUGAAAUAUACAUUCGUCAAUCAAAAGACGAUCAAAUUCUAUUAAUCACCAGUGGACAAUUGGGACAUCAUGAAUUACAAUCAAAAUUUACUAAAACUCGACCAACUAUUAUGGAUUCAAAUCGCUUUGUUGAGAAAAUUCAGGUGAAUCGAGAAAGAAAAGAAAGAUUGUGUAAUGAACCUCUACUUAUCAGCAUAUUCAGUUCUAUUUCUAAUAAAGAAUACUCAUCGACAAAUAUCAAUGGUGGCUUUCUUCAUUUUCAACUCUUCAUUGAUGGCUUACUUCGCUUUCCUGACAGUCAGACAAGCCGAAAUGAAUUUUUCAAUCUAUGGGAAAAAGAAUAUAAAGACAAUGAUCAACAGUUGUUCAAACUCAAAGAAUUUAAAGAAUCUUAUAUUCCGGAAAAAGCUCUCUAUUGGUAUACAGGCCAUAAAUUUCUUUGUGAAAAGCUUAACAAAGCUCUACGAGCUCAAAAUAUUAAUGUUUUAUUUCUCUUUCGAUUCUUUAUUCAAGAUCUAUAUAAACAACUCAAAAAGUUACAACGACAACAAGAUCAAAUACCAAUCCGGGUUUAUCGAGGUCAAUAUAUAUCAAAACAAGAAUUACAGGAUUUGCAAGAAUCUAAAGGAAAAAUAAUAUCGAUGAAUUCAUUUCUAUCAACAAGUCUUGAUCGAGAAGUAUCUUGUAUAUUUAUUGAAUCUGAACGUGAUGAUCUUUGUCGUGUUCUAUUUGAAAUUCGUAUCGAUCCUUGUGUAUCUUAUGACACAAAACCAUUUGCUAAUAUCAGUUUACAAAGUCAAUUCAUAGAUGAACAAGAAGUUCUAUUUAUGAUUGCAACCAUCUUUCGUCUCGUUGACAUUUAUCAAGAGAAUGAAAUAAAUAUCAUUCAAAUGGAAUUAUCUAAUGGAAAUUAUGAUUAUGAUACGAAACGUCUUUUUGAACAUAUGCAAAAGGAAAGUGAAGAAUAUGAUGAACGUCUCUCACUUGGUCACAUAUUACGCGCUGCAGGAUUGUAUCAUAGUGCUGAGCAAUUCUAUAAUCGAGUAUUAAAUGAACUACCAGAUGAUCAUCCAUUGAUCGCCGACAUUUGGAGUUCAAUAGGACUUUUGAAAAAAGAGCAAGGGGGAAUAGAGUUCAGUUCAAAAUGGUUCAAUGCGUCCAUGAAAAAGUAUGAACAAAUAGAAGAUCAUCCAUUGAUCGCCGACAUUUGGAGUUCAAUAGGAUUUUUGAAAAAAGAACAAGGAGAGAUAGAGUUCAUUUCCAAAUGGUUCAAUGCGUCCUUGAAAAAGUAUGAACAAACAGGAAAUCAUUUAGGACUUGCAAAAUGUCUACAAAGUCUAGCUCUUAUUCAUUUAAUGAAACGAGAAUUUGAUCAAGCAAUUGAUAAAUGUAGUCAAGCAUUGAAUACGUUUCAAGAAGUGUUUGGUGGUCAAAAAAACAAAUGGGUUGUCAUGUGCUUACAUAAUUUGGGUGUUAUUUAUUUUAAACAAGACAAGUUUAUUGAAGCAGCUCAUUAUUACACAACUGUAUUAGAUAUUCGAAGAACAAUUUUACCACACGGACAUCCUGAUAUUGCAGCGACAAUUAAUAACAUAGGCAAUGUUUGUUUUGAGAAUGGUGAAUUUGCUCAAGCUCUUCAAUAUUAUGAACGUGCGUUGGAUAUUUUUAAAAUGUCGUUACCAUCCGAACAUCCGUCCGUCGCAUCCACUUACUAUAAUAUGGUUCUAGCUUACUUAAAAAAGAAGGAUUAUGAACGAUCGUUAAUCUUUUUAAAUAGAGCGACUUAUAUUUAUCAAAACACACUUCCAUCUGAUCAUCCAGAUGUUCGUCGUUGUCUCAAUACUAUCGAUUAUAUUAAGCAACGGCAGUCUCAAUUUAAAUAA